AUGGACGACACUGACUUUGUCGCAGAAUCAGAAGAAGACGAGCAGGAGAUCUCGGACGUGCAAAUACAAACAGAAGACAGACAUGAUGCACACAAACAUGAAGAAGAUGCAUUCUCAGAGUCUACACAGAUACAUGAGCAAACUGAGACUUUUGAGAAGCGAUCGACAGUUGAAGAGCACAAGUACAUUGACGACGAAACAGUUGACGAGCAAGUUGAAGUGCAACUUACAGAUAAAGAGCAUAAGUCAGAUUAUGAGAAUAAGGAGAAUAUGCUGGACAUAGGGACACUAGUGGACGUGGACUCUCGUACAUGGCCUGGUAUCAAUAAAUUGGGUGGUGCAGGACGGAUAGUACGAGUCUAUACAGAAACGCUAACAGAUGACGACGCUGACACAUAUUUCUACGACGUUCGCUACGUUCUUGGCGGAUUUGAGCGGCAUAUCGAGAGCAAAUGGGUUCACUCUUCGGAGCUAUUGAAUAAACAGUCAAAUCGUGAAAAAGUCGGACGAGAUUAUUACCACGAUAAUUAUAUUAACAAACCACAUCGAGAGGCAGAGGAACGGCGUCAGCGCUUGAUGACUCGGACUCGGACUGGACUGAGUGACACACUAGUGUCUCACCAGAAUAAGAGAAAACGCUCGACUUGUGUGCAACAAGUGGCUGAUCAGUCACAACAGGAUCAGGAUGACGCUGAUGAGAAUCAACAACACAUGUCCAAGGUUGAUGAGGAGAUGUUUGUGCUGUCGGACGGAUCCAAUAGCUCACGUGAAGUACUAAGUCAACCUUUUGGUAAGAGUGUAAUGCCGAAGUCGUCAGGAAUAGUUGAUAUGGCAGAGAUCUUCUCAUUGAAGCAAUCUACACGACGGCGAAACCGCAUAUUGGACAGCAGUGAUGAAGAGAGCAGUGAUGAAGAUGACACAGGUGCCAACGAAAGCGCAAGUACUGACCGACCUGAACCCGUGCAACGUGCCGAUACGGGAGGAAACGAGUUACUUGUGGAAGGAGAGAGUGUGCAAGUCAGUCGCGAUAGAAAACCACGAAGGAAGAGACCGAAAGCAAAGCGACGGCGCUACGUCGGAGGGUAUGAGAAAGAUGGCGAAGAUGGUGAUGCCAUGUUCAUUCAGCCGGAAGGCGAUCCAGCUGAGCUUCCUGAAGAUGUCAUACGAGAAACAGGACUGAAGCUAGCGAGUACGAAGAAAGAGUUAAUGGAUCAGCUUGAAGACAUAUUUGCCCAGCAGCAGAAAAACAUGGCAAGCUUUCACGACGAGCAGAAUAGGGUUACUCAGCAGCUGAAGAAUCUGACAGAGAUGUCCUCAGCUGAUCUUCGUGAUCUGUAUAACAAGAUAUGCGAAUUGCGAACAUUUGUGACGAAAACGCUGGUUAACGCAGGUGAAGACGCGAUGAACAAGAUCAUCGAUACUCUUCAUGUGAAGCGUGGCAAACCGCCUAGUGCGCUCGAGCAUCUAGAGUGCAGUAUUGAUGUAUGGCAGAUUGACCUAAAUGAAUGCUCCUCAUGGAUAAAGAAUGUGGAGAGCGUCGUGGAAAGUGCGUUUGCAAGGCGUGGAGAAGAUAUACCGCAAGAGGAUGAAGCCCAGGCUGCGUAUUUAUCGGACAGUGGUGAGUCAAAUUACCAAACGGACGAGCAUGACGCAACAAGUCUCUCGUCUGAGAUAACGCACGUGGAUAGUUUGCACUCCGGCUAUGACGAGGUCGAUUUUACGUACGAUUAUGAACCAUCAGCAGAGGAGGACGAUGCUUCAAAGCAGCCGAGAGGUCAAUCAAAACGCGCCUCACAAGGAAAAUUGCGCGUACCGAAACCUCCGUCAGCUUAUUCCCGGAAGAAAAUGGUGCGAAAUACGAUCCUUGACGACUAUUUCCGGCGGCAAGGAUUUCAUUAUACGUUUACGUCAAACGUUCGACUCGUUGGAAGGCAAAAGAAAAUUGUUCCGUCUGAUCCUCGCUGGAAUUGGCUCAAAAUGGCUCGAAAAAAGAACUUGCAUCGUGUUGAGAGAGCAAUUUUGCCGUCGCCGAUUCGUAUUUCUGGUGGUCUUGAAAGCGUUUGCAAGACUUUAGAAAAGCGCUUAACAAAUGUGCUGAGCUGUAGUGGCAGCAAGUCUGUUCAAGGGCAACUAAUGCACUUUCGUGACAAGAGAUUUCGUGCGCAGCCAUCACAGCAUCGAUUGAGUGAGCCUUUUCUAUCUUCACAAAGCUUGGGUAACACUAGCAAAUACGUGUACCCAGCUGGUAUAUUUAUUGAAAGCAGUGCUCCAGCGAAGUCGUUGCGGAAAGCUGAACCAUCUGAUCCAACGAUCCAUUCAGGCAGUUUAACGCAACUACCGAUAGACUGGGAAACUGUGUUUGAGGUUGUGUUUGAUGAUCCUAUCACAUUGAGCUAUCGAGAAAAUGCUGCUACAAUACCACGUCAAGUACAAAUGACGCUACUAGCAUUUGGCUAUGAAAUUUGUGGUCCACUAACCCCGCAUCAUUUAUCUUUCGACGAAGAGUAUGCGUUUGAAGACUGCGACGGCAUUCAUGACAAUGUCAAAAGACGAGUAGCUCGCCUUCGCCAGCUUGUGAAUGAUCUUCGGUUGCAAGAAAACAGCUUUAUGAGUUCUAUAUCAAGAGUAGACCUGGACGCUGUGCAUGAAGCGAGAUGUGAAGACGCACCGGAAUGGAUUUCAUUGGUCUCGCUUGAAGAAGGAUAUCAUACCGCAAUCGCAAGUUUUGCUGUUCAAGUGGUGGAAGCUCUGGCCGCAGUUUCUCCAACAGCUAUGGCAAACCACAUCCAAGUAAUCUUGGAUGAAAUUGCAGCCUUUAUCCGACAGCUACCCGACUGCGAUUCAUUAUUCACCGGUUGCAAAGCGUAUUUCUUUUAUUUUGAGGUGGCAUACGUAGAUGCAUCGACGACACCAUUUUUGACAGCUGUCUCGCGCACAUAUUGGUAUUGUCUCAAACUACUUAUGGCUAUUCGAUCUCGAUGUGACCGCUUGCUUGGACCACACGCCACGAUUAAGAAAGAGAUUGAACGUAUAUUUCGGACAACGUUGCCGAUCAACCGAGUCACAUUGGCUGUGGUGCUGUUCUUGUUUGAUUUGUAUGUCUACCUCCCGUCGUCUCAUGUCUUGGAGAAGAGAGGGGAAUCAUUGAGUGGUCAGCUUCCAGCACUGUCUCUGUGGCUGCUGGUUCGUAAUUGCUAUACGAGUUCGAUUAGCCUGGAUCAGCCUUUGCAGGAAUCAUCCGCGUCGAAGGAGAGACAGUUUUGGGCUUUACUGCAAGCAGCAUACCGACAACACUAUUUCGAUGAAUUGGCCUGGUGUUUUGUUCGAAGUGAAUCGUGCCGAGGGUAUUUACGAGACUCUGCGCCAAAAGCUACCGACUACAGCACACCAACCGAAAACUGUAACGAGGUCUUCAAGAGUCAGCUGCUGGCGUUAGAGGCAACCUGGAACUUACUGGCUGUGCUAACACGUAUAUUUGCAGAUGAUGACGACAAUGAACAUCAAAAAGCCGUAUGUGACGCAAAGUGGGCUGUUGUUAAGGAUCUGCUUCACUCAGACAACCUAGAUUUUCUUCCGUUUAAACUAUCUGAUAGACCACGAACCAAUUUGCAGUCAGGUUAUCGUCAGCGUGCUGAUGUUUACAAGCAGCACGUAUUACAGCGCAUCACUCUAUUUUCAAAGCUGUGGUUUCCUUGCGAAGAGGUAAUCGAGAUUAUUUUGCGCCAGUUGUGGGACAACGAUGUAUUACAUCACUCAGAUAACAUUGUUGAGCUGCCCCAGCUUCUAAAGCAAUAUGUCAUGCAAUGCAAAGAGCUUGGAAACUCCAGAUCAAGCUUAGCUACUUUUGCUGGAGGGUCCAGUCACGAUUACCCAGACUCGACCACAAUGCUGUGCAAGAUUAUCUGGAUUCAAGUUUUGAAGCUUGAAAAGCGUGUACAUCGUAGCCGCUUCCAGCGUUCAGUUCUCAGCGCGAUCCCAGACCUUUCGGACAACCGCGACAAUUCUACAUGUAGUGUAGUAGCACGAUCUGUAUCAGCUCAAUCAACAAAAGCAGGAAUGGAUUGGAAUUGGGCCCCACAACAGCGCACAUCGGCUAGGAUGCAGUCGACCGAUCAAUUGAUGACAGUGUCGGAACGAGUUCCUACGAGUUCUGGUGUCGAAAAGGAUCGGAUGAGCACAGUAGUGCUGCUUACAUUUGCAAUUGUUGGAAUCUGUCUAGAGUGUGGCGAUGAGCCGCAAUUUCCGAUUCAGCGAUCCGACAAGUUCAUCCGAUACAUGGAGCGGGAGGUGGAUUUUUAUUGCAAGGAAAUUCUCCGUCGGACAUUAGGAAAGCCUGAAUGUGAAGUGCUUGCGAGUCAAGCGCUCUAUGCACUAGGUGCUUUGCUGUUAGAAAAAAGCUCUACAGAAUUCCCUGCAGUAUUCUGGGCUCUUAAUAAUAGGCUAGAGUCUUCUAUGAAGAGGUUACAGGCUGCUUCUUCUUCUGUCUCUCCGAAGCAAUCAGCAGCCACCAAAAUGAACGUCAUUAAAGCACGUGACAUGGAUAGACGUCGCCGGCGAUAUCAGAGUGCUGCCAUGUCGUCACUGUACCAAAUGCGUGAUCUGGUCAAGAAAAUGCUGGAUAUACCUUCAUCCGGUGUGAGAAUCGGACCCACCUACGGACCUGCUGUUGAGAAGUGUCUGGAGCAUCUUUUCAGCUCUGGCAUGGAGGCAUGCUUGAACGGUGUUAUUCAAAAGCUGGUUGCAGUUAAUGAUUUGAAGGUUGCUAUGCAGAUAUUUUAUCUUGUCCUUCCACCUUUACCGGAUGAGCCGAAGCAGUGCGUUGCACGUGAGUUUGAUGACUUUAAUGACGAAGCGCUGGCGACCUUCGACCUGGAAGGUGUGAUUGCGGGCCACGAGUCUGCACCUGUUCCAGCAUGGACAGUGGGGGAGUGCAAAGCCAAGGUGGUUCAGCUAAUCACACGCAAUCUGCGAGUGGUAUUACAGCAGCUUGUACUCAACUACCCACCACGUGACGGUCCAGCUUUUGACGAACUCUAUGCAAUUGAUUUGCUGGGUAGGAUCAUUUCUACAAACGGGGUACAGUUUUUCUGGAGCAAUGUGACAUCCACGUCAGUAAAACCCAAGAAUCUUGGAUCACGUGUGCUGAGUGCUGCUUUAAAGUACAAUGCCGAUAAGGAAUGGCUUGGUAGUGUCUUUUUAAGAGAAAGUGGAGCCGAUCGAGAACUUGCCACUGCGUGGUUACUGGGAACAUUGGAUGUUUCCUCGCUAAAUCCUGCACCGAUUACAUUUGAGGUGGGUGAUGUACCUUUUUCUGUUAUCACUUCAAGGUCGUCUCAUACAACAGCGGCAGCUGUUGCCAGCAUUAGAUUUUCCGACUCCUGGGUCAUGCUUACAGAUGGAAUAAUUUAUCAAAUGCUUUGCAAAGAGGCAGCUGAGUUUCAUUCGAUGGAUCCGCACAUAUGGCAGGUAUUGCGUGGUGUAGCAUCUACGUGCAAGUUUCCAGCAGAAGUCUCUGCGAACGAAAGUGGAAUUUACGAUGUUACGAAGUUAUAUGAUUUACAUCUAGACGUAUUUCAGUCAUUCUGUAGAAGUGCUGGUACUAUAUGGUGUUUGUACAAUGCUUCGCCUGCAAGACACAGAGACGAGAUGAAUCAGUUUCGUACAAAAAUGGUGAACUGUCAAUUUGGCAUUUUUACAUCGUUUCUUGAGGCGUUCAAAAUAAAUUUUAGGCGAGCCUGCGGGGAGAUUGACCAGAUGAAUCACAACUGGCAUUCAUUUGCCGAGUUGUUUCUUCGCCAAGCUAACGUAGACGUCGACAUCACCAAUGGACGGUCGUACCACGAAAUGGACAAUACGGUUAGGUCUUUUGACGAAAGGCUUACGGGGUUGACAACAAUGUUUCGGUUCAUGUAUCAAUGCAUGGAUGCAUUUCUGUUCUACUGUGGCGAUAUGGCGAUCGGAGAGACUAAUCUGUUUUUCAACGCAAUGGAGAUACUGUUCCGUCAAGUAAACAGCGCCGAGUAUCCACAGGCGCUAAAGCGUCUAGAGGAUCAACGAUUAGUGAGCCACCGAAAAGGGAUGCGCAAUGUAAAUGACGAUCUACGUCAAGAGUUUUGCCCUGGUGCUGUAAGGUUUGUCGACAGUGUUCAGCUGUUUUUCGCGCAGCAGAAGUACCCAAGCUUGCUGCAUUGGUUUGCACGGACGUCAGAGAUCUACCAAACAUUCAAGAAUGGAUGGCAGCGCUCUCCUCUCAGAACGCUAUUGGUGAACAUCUUGGAUCCGGACGGGCCUCUCGGAAUUCAUAGCUACUGUGGGAUUUCUGGUGACUCCACCGAUGUGAGGAUAGUUCGCCGUGAAGCAUUUUACUUGUCGUGUGGUCUUUUCGAUUGUAGAUGCACACGAUCACCCUUCGAGCAUACUGAUGCAGAAGUCUCACCCUCGUCGUGGACCCGCCUCCAGCAUCUUCGAUAUUUUGUGCUGAAUGAUUUCAUGAAGGAGACAUUUGUCUUUGCGCGACAACAAGAUGUGACAUCCUUGUUGGAAACGAUGGUGCCUCUAUGCCAGUUUGUACGGAGUGUUCUUCACCACGCCAAUUUGAACGUUAAUGUCCAUCGCGCCAACCAAGUUCUUGAAUGUACAUCAUCAGAUCAAGGUUUUCAGCUGAGUGAGCUUCAGCCAUGCUUAGAAUGGAUGGUCGCAUGCCUAAUCAAGCUAGUGCCUGGUGAAGAAGCAGUCAACAACGCUAUCAGUUGCGUGUUAGUGAUCGAAUUGUGUGGUAUCGUGUGUGAAGCAAUUGCAUUUAAUGAGCACCAACCGAUGCUAGAGCUGAUUAAUUUAGCUGCGCUCGUCUUGUCGUAUCUCCAGACAAUUCGCAUAGCGCUCUUGAAGAGGACAAAAGCAGCUACCACUGAUACUCUAUUUACCGUCAAUGUCGGGCUAUCACCGUCCAUCGAGCUAAGAUCCUAUCGUUUCUUCUCUUCGGCGUUCCAUGAUAUUGUGGUAGAAGAACAAUUUGGUCAAGUACCGUUAGGUCGGCAAGAAGAUUUGUAUGGGAUAAGUAUUACGUGGGCGGUUACGAAUCUCCUUGCUGCUAUCGAGCGUGUGACUCAGCAAUGUCAAUUGUCAUCAGACGAGCGGCUUCGAAGCUAUAUAUCGUUAUAA